GAGCGUCCCACUCCACACUAAUAAUUUCUCCGAAAACCUACUUGCUGCCAAACAGCCGAUUAGUCUUUCGGGCUUUUCACCGCUUGUACCACUACAUUCCGAAUCCCUAACGCCGCCGCCGUUCCUUCAGUCACAUUUGAUGAUGGCCCGGGUCCACGCCUCCUACGCUGACUUCACGCCGACUUCGUUGGUUUCACGUCGCCUCCGCCGGUUUCGCCCUUCCUUCACUGGAUUCACGCUUUCGUCGCCGCAUGUUCACCUCCGCCUCCUUAUGCACUCAACUUCACACAUAUCAACGUCGCCGUCACCGAAUUCUUCGCCGCUGCACUUUUAUAAGGUGUCUAUGAAAGGCCAAAGCACAUUCUUAUCAGGAUGCGAUGAUAGUGUUUCAACGGAGAGGCCAUGGAAAACUAGUGAUGCUAGGCUUGUGCUCGAAGAUGGAUCUGUAUGGAUGGCCAAGUCAUUUGGUGCUUCUGGAACACAAGUUGGCGAAGUGGUGUUUAAUACAUCUUUGACAGGGUAUCAGGAAAUUUUGACAGACCCCAGCUAUGCUGGGCAGUUUGUUUUGAUGACUAAUCCUCAUAUUGGAAAUACUGGUGUUAAUUUAGAUGAUGAAGAGUCAAAUCAAUGUUUCCUUGCUGGUUUGGUUAUUAGAAGUAUUAGCAUGUGCACUUCAAAUUGGAGGUGCAGGGAAGCUCUUGGUGAUUACUUGAAAAAACAGAACAUCAUGGCUAUAUAUGAUGUGGAUACUAGGGCAAUUACUCGCAGGCUUAGAGAAGAUGGGAGUCUUAUAGGUGUCUUAAGUACAGACGAAUCUACAACAGAUAAAGAAUUGAUAGAGAUGGCCCACAAAUGGAAAAUUGUUGGAGUUGAUUUGAUCAGUGGCAUCUCAUGUGAAGCUCCAUAUAAAUGGUCAGAAAAAACUGAUUCGGAGUGGGAGUUCAAAACAGGAAGUGAUCAUCGUGAAGAAUUUCAUGUUGUUGCAUAUGAUUUUGGGAUUAAACAUAAUAUUCUAAGACGUUUGGCUUCAUAUGGAUGUAAAGUAACUGUUGUCCCAUCAAAAUGGCCUGCUUCAGAGACAUUAAAGUUGAAUCCUGAUGGAGUUCUAUUUAGCAAUGGUCCAGGAGACCCAGCAGCAGUUCCUUAUGCUGUGGAAAUAGUUAAAGACAUAAUUGGUAAGGCUCCAGUGUUUGGAAUUUGCAUGGGUCACCAAUUACUGGGACAAGCAUUAGGUGGCAAGACAUUUAAAAUGAAAUUUGGUCAUCAUGGUGGAAAUCAUCCUGUUUGCAACCUUCGAAAGGGAUGCAUUGAGAUUAGUGCCCAGAACCAUAAUUAUGCUGUGGAUCCUGCCUCACUUCCCCCCAACAUUGAAAUGACGCACAUAAAUUUAAAUGACAAUAGCUGCGCUGGUCUCCGUUGCCCUGAGCUAAAAAUCAUGUCUCUACAGUACCAUCCAGAGGCCUCUCCUGGUCCUCAUGACUCUGAUCUAGCCUUUCGGGAGUUUAUACAGCUAAUGAAGAGUUCUAAAUCCUAAAGCAUAUCCAAGAAAUUUCUGUUUUAUGAUUUAAUUUUGCUGCUGAGUGAAAGAACAAAGAGAUUUGAUGGUGUGUGUUUCAUGUUGGGAUUGUUAUGGAAACUAAUAAUUGUGUGUUGGCCUUGAGAAAUUUGUUCUUUGUUCAGUUUGGUUAAUUGAAAUUCAAUCCAUUUAACCAAGUAGCUUAAGCACACACCAAUGUUGAUCAUGUGAAGCAUUGCCAUUGCUUGCAUGAUACUCUAUUUUAAAAUAAUAUCAAAAAUAUAAUUUUCCUCU